CACGUGACCCUCGUCCUGUCACACGUGGGUUAAAAUCUUUCCAGUGGCGCGGAAAGCAGUACCUCACAUUUUCAACAGAUCUAAUCGCGCAAAAUGAAGCGUUAUUAUUAUAACAAAUGUUAAUAAACAUCUGUGUGGGACAGAUAUUACAGUUUAAUGUCGGAGUUUAGUGUCUGAGCAGCAGGAUGACGCAGAAACAGCCGUUAGAGGUUCGGUUCGUGGCUGAUGAGGAUGUUUUGGAUCAUAUUGUUGAGAAACAACAAGAUAUAAAAGCAGCUAAUGGAUCCGUACAGACGCUGGUGACCCUGAAAACCCCUCAGAAAUCCAAAAGAUCUCCUGAGGAGGAAGAGGAUGAUGAUGAAGAGGUGUUUGAUGAGCAGAACUAUGUGGACGUUCUGUGCACUGGAUCACAAGAUGAGAGUGAAAACGCAGCCGUCACGGCUGGAUCGGCUGUCUUCUCGUUUCAGACCAUCAAACGAGGGAAUAAAAUGGCUCAGAUGGCGUCAGAAUGGGCUCGAACACCCGGGAAGAGCGUGAGCUUCAGCACAUCCGACACUAACGAGGAGACGUCCAGCAAAAGAUCAGCCGGUCAGAACAAAACCCCUCAGAAGGGAAAGAAGGUGCAGUUCAUCUCCACGACACCCCACCGGCUGAGGAAGAGACUCGCAGCUCCGAACCUGCGGUCAGACAGCGAGAGCGACUUCUCGCCCUCGAACUCUGAGGAUGAUGAUGAUGCUGAAGAACACGAGACCCCAAAGCCCAAAACACCCAGUAAAAACACAGCGGCCACAUCCGCCGCCGCCCUCUACAAGACCCCCAAUAAGAAAGGCAAGAAAGCAGAGUCUGAUCUGGUGGAGGAAUAUUUCGAGGCUCACAGCAGCUCUAAAGUGCUGACGUCUGACCGGACGCUCCAGAAGCUGCAGACGCCCAAACUGGACCGGGAAACUCUGAUCAGCCUUUUGAGUGACAACCCUCCACGAUUUGCAGAAGAAAUUAAUCAGCUGAACGCAAAACAUGAGAAGAACUUCGACCAGUGGAUGCUGCAGCUGCACAUGGGCUUUAACAUCUUGAUCUACGGUUUGGGCUCCAAGAAGCUUCUGCUGGAGAAGUUUCGCACGUCCAUGCUGUCGGACUACGAUCAUGUGGUGGUCAACGGCUUCUUCCCCAGUAUGACCCUCAAAUCGAUCUUAAACAGCAUCACCGCAGACGUGUUCCAACAUGAGGGAAGUUUCCGUAAUCCUGAAGACCAGGUCGACUUCAUCGUCAAAACUCUCAAAGAAGACCCCAGCAAUCACGUCUUUCUGAUCGUCAAUAACAUCGACGGGCCCAUGCUGAGGGGUGACAGGACCCAGCAGGCACUGGGGCAGCUGGCGGCGGUUCCCAACAUGCACCUGCUGGCCUCCAUCGACCACAUAAACGCUCCACUCAUCUGGGAUCAGGCGAAGAUGAGCAUGUUCAACUGGCUGUGGUACGAAACCACGACGUACCUGCCGUACGCGGAGGAGACGUCGUAUGAGAACUCUCUGCUGGUGCAGCAGACGGGGGCGCUGGCGCUCAGCUCGCUCACACACGUGCUGCGCUCGCUCACGCCCAACGCCAGGGGAAUCUUCAGAUUACUGGCCGAGUUUCAGCUGGAGAACAAGGACAAUCCUGCGUACACGGGAUUGUCUUUCCAGGAUUUCUACCAGCGCUGUCGCGAGUCUUUCCUGGUGAACAGUGACAUCACGCUGCGCACGCAGCUCACCGAGUUCAGAGAUCACAAACUCAUCCGAACCAAGAAGGGCGCCGACGGGGUGGAGUAUCUCCUCAUUCCGGUGGAUAACGGGACUCUGACUGACUUUCUGGAGAAAAACGAUGUGGAGUGAAACCGGGAAAACAUCAAUGCCCUCCACGUGAAUAGCACUUGAUCUGAUAAAUAACGUGUCAAUAUUGUAUCAUAAAUGAUUUAGUUUUGUACUUCAUGUUCGAGGAAACAUGGCUGAAGGCGGUUGCAGGUUUAAAUGACACUUAAUAUCAUGUACAGUAUUGUGUAAAAUUGUGUAGGAUCAUGAUGGAAACAAUAAAUAUUCUUGUGCAUUUGAAUUUAUUAACAUAGAAAAA